UCAUUUGUACCUGAUUUUCACCAUCUAUUAAUUUUUACUUUUUAAGAAUAAUAUUCUUUGAGCAGAGAAAAUAAUUGUUGCUCCCCUUGUUAAAAGUGGUUUCAGCUACUGAGAUUAUACAACAAACACAUGUAUUUUGGAAGGGAGGGUUUUCACUUUCUAUCUAGAGCGUUCUUUUAGUUCCGUAAAAUCCUAUAUCUAUCUCUUUGAAAUAAUGGGGAGGCAGAACAGACAAACACGGAGCUCAGCCAGGAUGGUGGAGCAAAACGGAGGCGGGAAAUCGGCUGGAUCAGGAACAAAGUCACUUCCAGCUGACGUCAAAUCUGGGGUUAAGAGAACUUCAGUUGAAGCUGGAUCAAAAAGCAAGAAAACCAGAAAGGUUCCAGUAGUUGUACUGGAUAACUUGCAAGAUUCUGACUUGAUGUCCAAUGGAGCAAAUCUUCCAACCAAAAACUCCACAGACAAGUCCAGUAAGGGCAAAACACAAGUCAAAGAAGCUCUUGAUGAUAGAAAUAGAAACGGAAGAGCUGUUAAGAAGACUACAACAAACAAUUCAGAGGUUGAAAAAUGUGUGACAGGAAAAGGGAAAGGAAAGGGACGUACAGCAAAGUCUAAUGGUGGAACAUCUGCACAGAAAGAUGAAGGUGAGGAAGAAGGGACAACUGUCAAGAGGAAAGGGACAAGGAAGAGGAGGAAAGAUGGAGAUGCACAAGAAGAGGAUAGCAUGGGAAAGGAUGAUGAUGAUGACUUUGAAGAUGAUGGACAAACAACUUCUAAGGUCAAAAAGAGACGUUCAGCAGCAAAGUCUAAGAGUAACAGUAGGGUAUCUACACAGAUAGAUAAAGGGGACAAAGAGGAGACAACUGGCAAGAGGAGAGGAGCAAGGAAGAAGAGGACAUAUGUAGGAGGGCAAGAAAAGAAAGACUUGUCGGGAAAGGCAGAUGAUGACUAUGAAGAUACUUCAAAGGUCAAGAAGAUGAAGACAAGUCAAGAAUCUAUUGAAGAUGAUGCAGCAAAAGUUAAUCCAGAAGUGGAGGCCAGUACCAGUGUGGCAGAGAUGGCUGACGCACAGAAGAAUCAUCAUGAAUCCUCAGACAGUGAAUCUGAAUGGGAAGAGGUAGAGGAAGUUCAAACAGUGAAGAGUCCCGAGAAAAAACUCCAGGACAUCAGCAUUGAGCUAUCAGAGGGCCUCAUCCCUGGGAUGUCCAGGAAGAAGAAAAAGCAGUUUGAUUGGAAAGGUUAUAUCAAACGGGCAAUUCGAAGGAUGAACAAAGAGCAGAGGGAGAGCCUCCACAAGGCACACCUGCUAACUCUGCUGGCCUGUGCACUCUACAGGAGUAGGGUUUGUAAUGACCCAGACUUGGGAGGACUGGCGUUGUCUUUGACACCCACAGAAAUCUUGUGCAGGAGAAGGUGGGAUGUGGGCUUUCUGAGCAAAGUAGUCAAGUGGUUCAGGUCCAAAUUCCCACUGAUUUCAGGCGAGGAGGACUUGGAAGACAGUGGUAGCUGUACGGUAGCAACACUUGGAGUGAGACUGCAGGAAGGGAAGGUGAUGUCUGAGAAUGAGCGAGUCUUGCUGUUUGUGGUGAUGCUGAGGAUGUUACAGCUGGACACAAGACUGGUCGUCUCCUUACAGCCUAUUCCAUGGAAAGAGCCAUCCCCAUCAAAGUCGAAUCAGAACAAGUCACAGGCUGGACAAAAGAAGAAACUCAAGUCUCCACCAAAGUCUGGAAGAGGCACAUCAACAGCUCAGGCUUCCAAGUCAGCUAAGCAGGCUCACAGUGUCAAACAAUCCAAGCCGGGCAAAAGAAGAAAGCUGUCAGAAUCUUCAGAUGACUCGAGCACAGAACAGUCAUCCUCAAAGAAGUCUGACCCACCUUCAAGGAGGCAACAGAAAACAAAGAAUUCUAGACCAAGGAGGCGUGCAUCCAAGACAAAGCCGAUGGUGGAAGUGUCAGAAUCUGACGAUGAAGAGAGCUCUCAUUCAGAGUACGCUCCUGAAUCUAGCACGGAUGUGAAAGAUUCCUCAUCAAGAGACUCUGAUGUGUUGGAGGUUGAAGAGAUUGAUAUCACCAUGUCAGAGGACAGCGAUUUGGAGAUUGUCGACGUAUCAAAGCUCAGAGUUAAGAAGAAAUCAAGCAAACAAAACCAGCGGCCUAGCACAAAGAUCAUCUCCGAUGACGACUCGGAUGAGAGUGAAGAUGUAGCAGUGUGUAAUGAGUGGGUUGAGGUAUACAUAGAGGAAAGAUGGGUGACAGUGGACGUGGUGAGUGGUAUGGUCGACAAGCCAGAGGUAGUGGAACAGCGGGUGACUCGCCCGAUGGCGUAUGUAGUCGGGGUGGAUGCAGAAGGCAGUGUGAAGGAUGUGACCAAGCGGUACGCGGCGGGUUGGAUGACAUCCACGCGACUCCUGAGGGAGGAUCGUUACGGCACCUGGUGGCCUGAUACGCUCCGACUGUACUCGUCAGCUGACAAGGACAGGAGCAAGAAGGAAGACCUUGAGUUACACAGCAAACUUCUGCAGAAGCCUAUACCAACCACCAUCAGAGACUUCAAAGACCACCCCUUAUACGCGCUCCGGAGGCACCUGCUGAAGUAUGAAGCUGUGUACCCAGAAACUGCAACUGUGCUGGGCUACUGCAAGGGAGAGCCUGUCUAUGCAAGGGAGUGUGUUCACCAGUUGCACACCCGUGACAAAUGGCUGCAGGAAGCACGAGUGGUCAGACACGGGGAGGAACCCUACAAGAUGGUCAAGCACAACAAUCCGGGCUGGCUUAAGAAGAAGAUGGAACGCAAAGGAAUCUUUACAACUGGAAACCCAGAUGAACCAACUGUACCUCUUUUUGGAAGGUGGCAGACGGAGGACUACAUGCCACCCCUGGCUGUGGAUGGUAAGGUUCCCAGGAACGACUACGGCAACGUGGACCUGUACCUGCCCUGCAUGCUGCCACUGGGCACUGUGCAUCUGCAGAUCCCAGGACUGGAACGUGUUGCAAGGAAGCUGGACAUUGACUGUGCCCCGGCUGUGACUGGGUUCGACUUCCACAGCGGCUGGUCACAUCCAGUCAAAGAUGGCUACAUCGUGUGUGAGGAACAUAAGGACCUGCUGAUAGCUGCCUGGGAAGAGGACAGACAGAACAGAGAGCAGAAAGAGAAAGACAAGCGAGAAAAGAGGUCCCUGGACAACUGGAGAAAGUUAACAAAGGCCCUGCUGAUCAGUCAGCGUUUGAAGAGGAGAUACCAGGUCCAGAAUGAGCACAAGGUGAAGUCAUCAGUGAAAGGGGAGGACAUCGAUGAUGAUGAUGAUGAUGAUGACAGUGGUGACGACCGUGCUGUUGAUGUCGAGAAGUCCUGGCCGCGGAAAGACUUUAGUCAGCAGGCAGCUAGUACCAGUUCUAAAGCAAAGUCCAGAGCAAAGAAGAGACAAAAGGAAGAUACUCACUUGUUUCCGUUUGAGAAGUUAUAAGGUGGCUCGAGGCUCUGCAAUAUUGGAUUCAAGAUAAAUUUGGCAAGAAAUUGUGUUAAGUGAAGACAAUAGAGUUUGUUGAAAUGUAGUAAAAAUUGUCAAAUUUGCCCUGAGGAAGGUGACAGAUGGUCACCAAAAUGUCAGACUCAUGAAAAAAUCUUGUAGUGUACAAAGAAUUUAGUUAUUUAGUGACUUACAAACCUGAUGGAACUGAUCUCAGAUGGAUCACUAGAAGCACAGAAUGUAUGUUUAUGAACCAUGGAAAUAUUAAGCAAUUAAACAUUAAACAGAAGAGCACUUUGAACCAAGACAGGGGGUGCCACUAUCUGAGACCUAUGUAUGACUGUGUCUUGUCACGUGACAAUGUCCAUCAAGCGUCACUUGACAAAGAAACUCCAAGAUGAGAUCUCCGGGUUGACAAAGAGACAGAGUUCGCCUCGAAAGCUUUAAAGCUUCCCAAGCUAAUUGGACUUUAGUUCUGUGUUAUCUGUUUAAAUUUUUGUCAAAAAAACAUUAAACAAUUAAUGUGGAAGUCUUCUGAAAGCUCUUCAUCAUAUACAUCACAGUGUACUGUUGAUGUUGUUAAUGUACUCCCUCACUUUUUGGUGGAGGCAAACUCAGUCCUGGAGGUUUGGGUCCCCUACCAACAUUUUUUUAAUUGUUUCAAACUUUGAAAGAGAAUAACUCUAGAAAGGUCAAU